GCACCCGGGAGUCUGCCGGCUGUAGUUUAAGCGCGCAGGGGAGGAGAGCGGGUUCCGGGAGGUCUUUCGGGCCGGCGCGAGGGAGCUGCAGGUGGGACCGUUACCCGCCCAGCACCUGAGAGCGAGCGGGGCGGCCGGAAAGGAAGCGUGCCUGCGCACCAUGAUCCCCUUGGAGAAGCCGGGCAGCCGCGGCUCCCCCUCGGCAGCCGCCUCAGGGGCGGGCCGGAGUCUGGGCGCGCCGCGCCGGCCGCCGCCCCCACCCCAGGCCCGCGGGCUGCUGACGGAGAUCCGCACCGCCGUGCGCACCGAGCCCUUCCAGGACGGCUACAGCCUCAGCCCGGGCCGAGAGCUGGGCAGGGGGAAAUUUGCAGUGGUGAGGAAAUGUAUAAAGAAAGAUUCUGGAAAAGAAUUUGCAGCAAAGUUCAUGAGAAAAAGAAGAAAAGGCCAAGAUUGUCGAAUGGAAAUAAUUCAUGAGAUUGCUGUUCUUGAACUAGCACAGGAUAAUCCUUGGGUCAUUAAUUUACAUGAAGUCUAUGAAACUCCAUCAGAAAUGAUUUUAGUUCUGGAAUAUGCUGCUGGGGGUGAAAUCUUUGACCAGUGUGUUGCAGACAGAGAAGACGCCUUUAAAGAAAAAGAUGUUCAAAGACUCAUGAGGCAGAUAUUAGAAGGUGUUCGCUUUUUACAUGCUCAUAAUGUAGUACAUCUUGAUCUGAAGCCUCAGAAUAUUCUGCUGACAAGUGAAUCUCCACUGGGUGACAUUAAGAUAGUUGAUUUUGGUCUUUCAAGAAUAAUGAAGAACAGUGAAGAGCUCCGAGAAAUUAUGGGUACUCCUGAAUAUGUGGCUCCUGAAAUUCUUAGUUAUGAUCCUAUCAGCAUGGCAACAGAUAUGUGGAGCAUUGGAGUGUUAACAUAUGUCAUGCUUACGGGAGUAUCGCCUUUCUUAGGUGAUGAUAAACAAGAAACGUUCCUAAACAUCUCUCAGAUGAACUUAAGCUAUUCUGAGGAAGAAUUUGAUGUUGUGUCUGAGUCUGCUAUUAACUUCAUUAAGACGCUUUUAGUUAAGAAACCUGAUGUGAAAUGUGUAUCUUUUUAUAGACAUCGAGCCACAGCUGAAGAAUGUCUAAAACAUCCGUGGUUGACAGAGAGCAAUAUUCAGGAUCCUUCUUUCAAGGUGAAAGGGACAUUAGAAGAAGCAAAUGCACUCCAAGAAGGUGAUUCUGUGCCUGAAAUUAAUUCAGAUACUCAGAAACCAGAAACCGAGGAAUCAGUUGUAACAGAGGAGUUAAUUGUAUUUACUUCAUAUACUUUAGGACAAUGCAGACAGUCUGAAAAAGAGAAAAUGGAGCAAAAGGCCAUUUCCAAACGAUUUAAAUUUGAGGAACCUUUGCUACAAGAAAUUCCAGGAGAAUUUAUCUACUGAGCAAUACUUCCCUUUAGAACUUUAAGAUUUCUACAUUGAAAACAUUAAUAUUAUUUAUGGACUUCUGGCCAAAUGGUACAUGUACUGAAAGUGGACAAACCAGGUAUCACUGAUAGAAAAAAAACUAAAAUUACUUUGUCAAACUUGUGGAUUUAGAUAUAUCAAGACAGAUUUAUAAAGUUGCCAACCAGGAGUUUUAACGGGUAAAGUUAUCUGUGUCAAUGUUAUUUUUAAGAAGGGAGAUGUUUGAACCUUUUAUUUCUAAAUCCUAUUUCUCCAGAAUGAAUAUUUGUUAUGCAAAGAUAAUCUGUAUUUACUUUCUUUAAAAAUCCAAGUAAAAGUGCCAAAUUAACAUCUUUGUAAAUCUAUUUGCAUUAUUCUUGUGUAUCUAUAUAUGCAUAUAUGUAUUGAUAUCUUUACUAAAAUUGAUACUUUUUCACUUUGGAUUUUUUUGGAGGAGUAAGAUUUUAAUUAGGUAUCUUUCAAAUUUUGAGACCUAGAAUAACAUCCAUAAUAGUUUAAUAAUGUCUUAUUUUUAUAUUUUAUUACUGCUUUGUAUCGACUUGAUUUGACUUCUUUUGUCUUUGUUUUUGCCUAAUGCUUAUAACCUAUCAGUGAAAAACCCUUGCUCAUUUUUUUUUCUCUUCAACGUCACUAAUAAGAGUGGUGUUGAUUUUUCACCUCCCAUUAUUCUGGUUUUAAGGUCAAGGUAGGUUAAGUAAUCCUGUAAUAUUAAACCAGCGUUGGCUUCUCGGCUGUUUCCCUCCUCACACCUUACAUAUUUACCCCUUUCAUAAGGCUGUCCCCUGCCACCACCUCACAUGCUUAUCACCUAAUUUUGGUCACUUGCAAGUGUCAGUGUGAUCUGAUCAACAUGAUGGUUGCUUUGGUCAAUGCAAAGACACUGUUGUAUUGUUUUUGUUAACAAAAUACCCCAGAGAGGGGUAAGACUGGAAGCAUAUUCAUCUUGGCCAUCGGAUCUCUAUUUCUGUUGAGUUUAUUAGACCUCAGAUUGUAUUAGGAAAAGUUCUAAAAUGCCAAAAUAUUUAUAAACUUUUAUUUUGUUCAUAAAAAAUUUGACAUUGGAUACUUUGUCAUUAGGGAGGAAGCCUUGUUCCCUAAAGAUUUAUACAAAUAUACUCAGUAGAAUGUAAUUUGAUUGGGAUUGAACACUUCAAUUGUAAGUAGGCCCCACAGUGAAUAGUAAAUUCUUAUUUAAAAACAUGGAAAUGUAGGGGCGCAUGGGUGGUUCAGUCGGCUGAGCGUCCGACUUCGGCUCAGGUCAUGAUCUCACAGCUUGUGGGUUCGAGCCCCGCAUGGGGCUGUGUGCUGACAGCUCAGAGCCUGCUUCACAUUCUGUGCCUCCCUCUCUCUCUGCCCCUCCCCCACUAGUGCCAUGUCUCUCAAAAAUAAACACUAAAAAAAUUUUUUUAAAUGGAAAUGUAAAAGUGUACACCGUGUAACUUGAAGCAACUAAAUCUCUUUUUCACACAAAGUCUUAGUAGUGUCCUUAUUUAUCUUUCGCUAGGCUCAGGGUGUUAGAUGCUCGUGAAUGCAGUUGGUCUUUCCCGCGUGUACUUUGUGCACACGCCAGGCUUGUGCUGUGCACUGUGCCCUAUACUGUGUACAAUUCAGACCAGUCCCUUUGCAGGCUGCUCUUUGGAAGUCACAUGAUGCUCUCUUCCUAGCAUGGGUUCUCAGAUGUCACAUCCUGACAGUGGCAGCACCUCACCACCCGUUUCAGGUGUGUGCGGAGUUCAGUGUUACACAUUUACCCCGUGGUCUGUAGUCACACCCAGCCCUGCUGGGCAGGUGCAGGGGCACCAGCAGAUGAGAUUGCUGAGGCAGUUCCAUACAUCAGGUUGCACUAUUUUCUCAUUAAAUUGGCUUUAUUUACACAGUUUCUAAACAAGUUCUAGAAGGAGGAAGAGGAAAUUCUGCCAUAGUGGCAGGGUUUUCGGUGAAAACUUCGGUUAAGCCUCAGGUAAGUCUUGGAAGAAAUAAGACACAAUUCGAGACAAAUUUUUGUAAAUAUCUCUCUGACAAAAAUAGGAGGGAGGUGAGAAUACCCACUAUUGAAUGACAUAUUUUUAUAUUUGAUAGAUUUGUCCAGUUUUAAAAUCAGAAUCAUUCGGAUAACAUUUAGACUUUUUCCAAGCCAUUUUAUAUUACAUUCAAAAUAAAUACAUUUACUACAGUUGCUGUGUUUGUUUUCCUUUAGCUGACCACUUAGCUGAUUGCAGUGUGCUGAUAUCCCUACUUGCUUUUGUACCUUGAAUUCAGAGUUGUACAGUGCCUUUUUUUUAGAAGCAUUUAUACUUGUAAAAGUAUACUGAAUUUUUUGUUUUAUAUGAUAUAAAUAGAGCAUGAAGAGUCUUCACAAAAUUGGGCCAAAUAAAAAUCUUUCCAUUAAUGACUAACCAACUAGCUUUAUACUUACCUAAUACUGGAAAUUUUUUCUUUUAACAAGUUUACAAAGAACUAAACAGUAUUAUUGAAUUUAGUCAUAGAAUUUAUAAGUCCAGUUUUAAUUAUAAUAAAAUUCACUAAUAAUUUAGCUUGAUGAGAAGUUUGUGAAAUAUGCAAAAUGUAUAUGUGGUUUUAGUCAAUUGGGAAAUUGUGUUUUAAUGUUGUUUUGUGGUUUUCACAUGAAAAGUAAGAGCAAAAUGCCACUGUCCAGUGGUUGGAUGCUAAUUAAGAGACACCACAAACUCUUAAACUUUUACAACUGACCUCAGUUUGGAAGAAAAUUUACUAGAGAAAAAGUCAUAAAGGUUACUUAGAGAAUGUUGGGCAAGAGGUGAAUAACAGUCCUAGUAACGUAAUGGGGUUGUAUACAGCUCAGUUCAGGGAGGCCUAAAGCAAGAUCGAUCCAUGGCAUCAACAUAGAUUGUUUUAUAUAGGGGGAACGGUCAAUAUUCAGGGUACUAACAAACUAAUCUUAAAUAUAUUUUAAGCUCACACUUGUAGGAAUUUGAAUUGUACUGAUGAAACUAAAAAUAGUCAAAAUCAUUCAAAGUCAUUUACCACCUAGUACCUUCAGGUUGUUGAAUAAUUUAAAAAACUAGAUGAAAACUCUUAAUCUUUAGGGGCCUACUCUCAACUAUUGUUUUAUCGUGGGAAGUGGGGAUAUAAUUUGCAAAUAAGGAAAUGUGUAGAUCUAAAUCUACACUAGACUGCAUCAGGCUUGCCAUGUGUACCCUAUAACCCCGCUCUUACUCUAUUGUUAUAGUUUGACUUAUCCUCAGAUUCACAUGGAUUGAAUCAUAUGGAAUGUGCUCUUUGCUCUUUGGUGUCUGGCUUUCCCUCAGCGUGAUGUUUUUGAGAUGCCUCCAUGUUGGGGCUUACAUCAGUAGUUAGUUUGUUCCUCUUUGUGUGUGUGUGUGUGUGUGUGUGUGUGUGUGUGUGUGUGUGUGUGUGUUUAUUUUGAGAAAGGGAGAGCAUGAGCAGGAGAUGAGCAGAGGGAGAAUCCCAAGCAGGCUCCGCGCUGUCAGUGCAGAGCCCAAUGUGGGGCUCAAACUCAUGAACCAUGAAAUCAUGACCUGAGCUGAAAUCUAGAGUCAGACACUCAACCGACUGAGUCACCCAGGUGCCAUAGUAGUUUGUUUUUUCUAUUGCAGUGUCAUACUCUGAAUAUACCACAGUUUAUGUGUCCACACCUCUGUUCAUGGAUCCCUCAGCUGUUUCAGGUUUUGGUUAUUCUGAAUAAAGAUGCUUUCUAUA